AGUUGUUGUUGAAAUUUCGACUGUGGUUGAAACAGCAAAGUCAUCUUUCUCAAGAUAUCUCUGAUCAACGAUUAAAAUUUUUUAUUUAUGCUGUAAAAUUUAAUUUCGAACAAGCCAAAAAAAAUUUGGAUACGCUUUACACUCUUCGUAAUCUGGUUCCGGAAUUUUACGAAAAUUUCGAUCCGUUUAGUGAUGAUAUAAAUCUUCUUCACACAUACUUACAGAAUGUAUGUUUGCCAAAGUUAACCCCAGAAGGAUACAGAUUAUAUAUCUGUCGUCUAAUAAAUAAUGACGCCUCUUUAUAUAAUGCUUGGGCGGUUCUAAAAUAUUUUACGAUGAUAUUUGAGACAGGAAUGGAAGAAGAUAUAGUCCCUGACAUCGCUGUAAUUUGGGAUUGUACUGGAGCAAAUAUCAAUCAUGUAUUAAAGUAUUCACCACCUCUGUUAAAGAAAUUUGAUUCUUGUAUGACGGCAUACAGUUUAAGAGUAAAAGCGCUUUACGUAAUCCAUGCUCCACAAUAUGUAGACAUAUUUAUGAAAGCAGCGAAAUCAAUAUUUAAAGCAAAAUUGUUCAACAGAAUCCACGUUUGCAAAUCAGGAAUAGAAUCAUUAUAUGAAACAAUACCAAAAGCAAUUUUACCAGCGGAUUAUGGCGGUGAAGAACCAUCAAUGGACAUAUUAACACAUAUGUGGCGAGCAAAACUAGCCCAACGAAGAGACUGUCUUAUAAAAGAAGGAAGACGAAAAACCCAGGAAUCUCUUCGAAUAAAUUCUAUAAUAAAUCCUGACGAAUUGUUUGGAGUUCCGGGAACGUUUAGAAAAUUAGAAUUUGAUUAAUUUGCAAAUAUUUUUUU